AUGCCGUCAUUCGCUUGGCCUAACCCUAACACGUUGAAGCUCUUCGAUCUCGAGUUCCAGAACCAGAGUUUCGGCAAGAGAGACUUUGUUGGGUUAGUGGCCGAGAACUCCGGGAUUAAUGGGGUUUCUGUGAUUCCCAAUAUCGGUAACAUGAUCGGGCAAGUCGGGGCGGAUUUCGGGGCGUGCUUGAAUGGGAUGGUUCAACAGUUCUUUAGGACCUUACCGGCACCAUUUAGGCAUGAUGAAAAAUACUGCUAUAGUGGCUGUUCAAGUUCACUCAGAGAGAGAGAGAGAGAGAAAGGGAGGGUUGUGGAGGAAGGGAAGGGUUGUGGAGGAGAGGGAGGGUUGUGGAUGAAUUUCCAAACUUACCCUCACUUUUGA